AUGCAGAAGGCGACAAUUUCAAAUCCUGAGUUCAAAGUUAAGGCUUAUAAGAAAAAGCUAAAAAGGAACAAGGAUGCUGUUUUGACGAUUCACUCACCCAAAGGCAUUGAUGAUGGCAUCAUAGUCAGUGGGUCUGCUGACGAUUGUAUCAAGAUUUGGGACAUUAAGAACCAAAAGCAGAUCAAUAAGGUCUUCAUAGAAAGACCUGAUGAUGAGUUCCUCCUGAAGUAUACCUCAGAAGAGCUGAUAAAUUACUCUGAAGAUCAUGUCCUCAACACUGAAAAAGCACUCAAGAAGCAAAGAGAACAGAAAAGUGUCUGCUGAUUCUGUUUCUUUGGAGAGAAAGCAUUCAAUGGUUAUGAAGAUGGACUUAUCUGCUGUUAUAAUGUUUCUGAAGGAAAGUUGAUCAACCCUUUGAUUGGCCAUACCAAUAGGAUCAAUUGAAUAGUUGCUACCGAUGAAAGUAGGAUCUUCAGUUCAUCCAAUGAUUGAACCAUUAGAUCCUGGAACAUCUCAUCAGGAGUUUGUGAGAGCAUUUACAAAUUUACAGACCCUAUUUCUUCCAUUGCUGUCAGCCUCACAAUGAAUAUUAUGUACUCAGCUUCGUGGGACAAGAUGAUUAGAGUAGUUGACCUUGAAGCUAAUAAAGUGACUAAGUCUUUCCUUGCCGCCAAAGAGGCUAUCAAAGUUAUGGUAGUGCAUGAAAACACCAUCUUUGUUGCUGGUUGAGAUCCAAUAAUCCGUUCGUUUAAUCUAGAAACCGGGGAGAGCAAUAACUAUGAAGGACAUGAAGGAUGGGUCUACUGUCUCGCUGUUCAUGGAAACUUCUUGUUCUCAGGAGGUGAUGAUAAGACCAUCAAAAUCUGGGACAUUGAGACAGCUCAAUGAGUUGAAGAGCUCAAGGGUCAUGAAAAUGGAGUGACAUGCCUAGCUUUUGCUAAUAACGAGCUUUUCAGUGGCUCAUUUGAUUAUUACAUUCUCUGCUGGGAUCUCUACGAUAUAAAAAAGAGAAUCAACGAAAGAGCUCUAAUGAGAGAGGCUGACAUCGAAUCAAGAAGAAUAGAGGAAGAAAGGAAAGAAGGGUAA